ACAAAUUGUCCAACAUGUCCAACUCGUAUACUUCCCUUCAUGCCCUCGCCAUCGCCCAGCCCUUUCCAGGAGUAACGAUUGAAUACCUGUUCACCUGAUCAGACACCGCCUCCGCAGCUUCUUGACCUAGCCCUUGCCUACAGGAGUAGUAUAACUGUCGCACCUCGAUCAACCACCUCGAUCAACCAUCAUCAGCAUCGAACCAUGUCUUACAACUACAGCACACCCUACUCUUCAAUACCACCUGAGCGACACGAGCUCAACGAUUUCUACGAUAGUUCUUCUGUACCAGCUCCUCACCGACUGUCCCAAAAUUUAACCCCAAGUCAAUCAUACACCGACAUUCCUAAUCAAUACGGCUACAUGUCCGGCCCAGACCCAACGACCCAGCUCAACCGUCCUUCCAUCUCGGGGGACGGUAAUUAUCGAGACUCGUACGCUUCUUCGUUCGAUAAAGAAGCCCACGUGGGUGGGGGCGGGUAUGGAUAUGCAGCUGGAGCUGGAGGUGCGGCAGGAGCAGGAGCAGCCUAUGGAGCCGCAACAGCAGGCGGUGGUGGUGCCGGGGGUCUGGGGUAUGCGCACUACGACCCACAAGGCCGAUCCGGUGCCAGGUUCGCCGCUCGGCAAGAACAAGGUGCGACCCUAGGCGGUACCGGCGCUGCAUCAGGGGGGUAUGCAGCUGCUGCGGGUGGAACGGGGGGUAGCAAGAAGAAAUGGUGGAUCAUCGGAGGGAUCGUAUUAGCCAUAGCUGCGAUCGUAGCUAUCGCCGUCGGGGUCAUCGUAGGGCGAAACGGUGGCGGGAGCGGGAGUAGCAGUAACAAGUCGGCAGAGGAUGGGUCGGCGGAUGUUGGGGAUGAUCCGAGCGUGUUCGAAAAGGAUUCGAGGUUACACAACAGUUUCUGGGCUUUUGCUUAUACGCCGCAGAACGUACAAUACGGAACUUGCGGAGCGACCCAAGCCAACGUCACACGGGACGUGCAGAUCCUCUCCCAGUUGACCACCCGGAUCCGACUGUAUGGAGCCAAUUGUAACCAGACUGCCAUGGUCCUCCAGGCGAUUCAGGAUACCAAGGUCGAUCUGAGCGUCUAUGUCGCCAUCUACGUUGAUUCGAAUCAGGACGCCUUCGACAGCCAAUUGGAGGCUAUCGAGGAUGCAUUGAAGACGUAUGGCGCCGACCACGUACUCGGCGUGACUGUAGGAAACGAAUACAUCCUCUUUAACGGAGCAGCGGGAAUUCCCAAGAUCGUCAACGACGUAGCGACCGUGCGAGCCCGGAUCGAUGCGCUGGGAUUGAGCAAGACUUUGCCUCAUGGGACGAGUGACGCUGGAAGCGUCUUUACGCAGGCUUUGGCCGAGGGGAUCGAUUAUUUCCAUGCUAACGUGCAUCCAUGGUUCGGAAACUUGUCUAUUGCAGACGCCGCUACGUGGACAUGGGACUUUUACCAGACCAAUGAUGUAGCUGUCGCAGAAUCGGCAUCGAACAAACCUGACACUGCAAUUGCUGAGACGGGUUGGCCAACCGGUUCCGACUGGGCAAACACCUCGAGCAAUGGAGGUGGUGCCGAAGCUAGCGCUGCCAACUUACAGACCUUCUUGGACACUUUUGUCUGCCAAGCCAACGCCAACGGGACCCACUACUUUUUCUUCGAGGCGUUUGACGAACCUUGGAAGAGGGUAUUUGGUGGAGUCGAGCCUCAUUGGGGGGUCUUUGAUGAGCAUAGGAAUCUCAAGGAUCUGACCUUGCCGACGUGUAGCCAUGAUUGAGCUCGAUAAUUCGAACUACUGUAUAAUAACAGCUAUACCACGGACAAUGCCCCUUACUCAUCGAGGUUUGAUUCAUGAUUGGCGUAGACAUUGCCAUCUUCGAAGGCCCUCAAUGAUAUUCUUACACCUCUCGGAUGUGUCCCGUCUUUUUAUACAUUUGUUGGC